UAAGGCUGAUUUUGGAUUUGACCGGACCGCUUCAUGGUUGGAACCCGUUCUUCGGCCAUGUCUGUAAUAUAUUCUUUAUAGUAGCUGGAAAAAACUAUUCUGGCAGACCUUUUGGACCUCAAGUGUAGGAUGGUCACGGAGGAUCCAAAUCCGAUUCCUGUGAAGAGGGAGUUCUAACUUACAGGCGAACCACCAUUAGAUUGAUGGUCAAAUGAUCAAUAAAUUUCAGUCCUUUCAUUGCCAAAAUUGAAAAGAAAAAAGAGAAUUAUUAAUGACAACGGCACAGUCAGAGUCAAAAUGGCAAUGGGAGAAUGCCACAGCCGGUGCUGUAGCAGGCUUCGCCACCGUUUCCGCCACUCAUCCUCUGGAUGUUGUCCGUACUAGGUUUCAAGUUCAUGAUGGCCGAGUCUCGAGUCUUCCAGCCUACAAGAACACUGCUCAAGCCAUUUUAUCCAUUACUCGCUUCGAGGGUCUGAAAGGGCUAUAUGCAGGCUUCCUCCCAUCAGUUCUUGGUUCAACAGUUUCAUGGGGUUUAUACUUUUUCUUCUAUGGAAGAGCCAAACAAAGGUAUUCUAAGAACAGGGAUGAGAAGUUGAGCCCUGGUCUCCAUCUUGCAUCUGCUGCAGAAGCUGGAGCUUUAGUUUGCUUAUGUACAAAUCCUAUUUGGCUUGUUAAGACAAGGAUGCAGCUUCAGACUCCUCUGCACCAAAUUCAACCAUAUUCUGGGCUCUAUGAUGCAUUAAAAACUAUAAUGAGAGAGGAAGGAUGGAGUGCACUUUAUAAAGGAAUUGUUCCUGGUCUUUUUCUGCAGGUUUCUCAUGGUGCUAUUCAGUUCACAGCAUAUGAGGAACUUCGAAAAAUUAUCAUUGACCAUAAAUCUAAAGAUAGAGAAAGCAAUCAUAAAAGUUCUGACAUCAAUUUGUUGAAUUCAGUUGAUUAUGCGGUUCUUGGGGGUUCUUCUAAAGUUGCUGCUAUUAUUUUGACAUACCCAUUUCAGGUUAUUCGAGCUCGAUUGCAGCAACGACCUAGUAUGAAUGGAGUUCCAAAAUAUAUGGACAGCUGGCAUGUUGUGAAGGAAACUGCAAGGUUUGAAGGUCUUCGAGGUUUCUACAAAGGCAUUACACCGAAUCUUCUGAAAAAUGUUCCUGCUGCUUCAAUAACAUUUAUUGUUUAUGAGAAUGUCCUGAAGUUGCUGAAAUUAACGAGAAGAAAUGACUAGCUGUGUUUAAUUCUCAAUUUUGCUCACAUUUUUCUUUUUGUGCUAAAUCUUCAUUACAAGUUAAUUCAAAUUGAAAAAGAUAUCAAUCGGAAUGCAAUGAGUCUCGAGAAUUAUGAAA